AUUUGGACAAUCCCACCAACUACUCCCACUUCUUCCACUCCCCUUCCUUUUAAAAACUAACUGAAUUACACUUCUUUUUUUUCAAAAUUCAAGCAAUAGAAACUACCAAUAAAAACCACCAACUACUCCCACUUCCCUCCACUCCCCUUCCUUUUAAAAAGUAACUGAAUUUCUCCUCUUGCAUAUAUUGAAUUAGAAAAAACGUAUAGUUGAAUUGAAUUGACAAUCCUCUUCCAUUUGUAUCUCAUAUGUCGAAAUCAGGUUAGUCUUUUACACCUCUUAUGUCAAUGUAUAAUUUAAUUCGGAUUAGCUUCAGUUUACAACAAGAAUUAACUUUUCAUAAGAUUAAAUUUUUUGAGGUUGUCAACUGCAGAUCAGAAAAUUAAAUUCAUAUCAAUAUGCUCUUUUUCUUUGUUUUUUCCCCAUUCGUGAUUUUGUUUGUUUUCUUAUAUACCACAUACGAGAACUUUCGUCGUAGAGGACUAAGAGGAGAUAACAGGAUCAAUGUGUAUGACCGGGGGUGCACGAACAACUUUCUUGAAGUAUUCUGCUCGAGGAUAGAACCUUCGAAAAACAAUUUCCGUGGAUAUGUACAUGAAGCAUUAAAGUCUAGCAAGGCAGGAAACAUUCAAGUAACAGAAGUUGAUAACUCCGACGGGGAUAGAAGAGUCAAGUAUUUUAACAACGAAAAUCUGUGAGAGAAUUCUUCUAAUGUGAUCAACGAAGGGAGUAUAUAUUCAGUAGUAAGUUUUGUUGAUUGAGAUUUCGGAUUUAAUGGCGUCGGCUCAGGUGCUGCGUAAGCAAGAGCAUUUGCAAGCUGGGAAAAAGAAGCUAGAGGAGUUUCGUAAACAAAGAGCAGCACAGAGGUCUAAAAAGUCUACUUCCAACAAUCAACCUCACAAUUCGGAUGGAGGCUUUGAGAAUCAGCCUCUGGAAAAUGAACCCACAAGAAUCACUGACUCUCGUGGGGCUGGUACAUCUGAUGCAGUUGGUAGAGCAUUUUUAGAGUUACCUCGAGCAGAUGUUAAGCAUGAUUUCAUGAAUCCUGAUCUUGCCCAGAAGAGUAGUUUAGCUUCUUCCUAUGAUGCUAAUGCUAGUUCAACUCAUAGUUUAUACAACAAUGACAAUGAUGCUAGCGCUUCUUCUACUGUUAGUGGAAACAAUAAUGGUUUUGAUUCUUCCAUCUCAGUGUCAUCUCAUUCUGGAGAUAAAGUGCUUAAGGGUGAUGAAAAUCUAAAGUUGUGUAAACAAUUCAGCGAUGGUUAUGAUUCCUCUGAAAAGACGGAAAAUUAUGGAGCCUUAGGAAGUGUUGGAUUUGGAUUUAAGACUAGUCAUUCUACAGCUAAUUUUCAGUCAUCAGCCCCCAGUUACAAUAAAAUUUCCAGUCAGUUUACUCAUGAUGGUCUGGGUAAAAGCAUACCAGAGGAAAACAGCAGAAAGGAUCUUUCUGUAAUAGAUACUGGUACUUCUCAUUCUGCACCUGCUAGGAUUUCACCUGAAUAUUCCCUUGGUCCUCAUCUGCAAGAAAAACCAGGUUAUAUGGAUCGUUUGGCUAGUAGAUUGACUUCCUCGUCAUAUGAAGAUUAUAUGCACCCUGCAACCAGCAGCACAAAUUUUUCUUUGCAAGUUGGGCAAAAGGACAGUGCUGUGGAAGCUAAUAGUUCUAUGGUUUCUGAUACUGGGUAUGGCCAGUUUAGCAGCUCCGGUUUUUAUAUGACCAACAAUUCAUCUUCUUGGCCAUCUGAUUCUAAAUAUGAUGGCAUCAGUUCUGAAGCAAGAAGUUCUUCUAGUUAUUCAAAAUUGCCUCCACCCACUGUUGGGAGGAGAUCUCGUCCAUCUUUCCUUGAUUCCAUCAACAUUUCAAAAGUUCCUGCUAUAUCCUCUUCUCCAACUGAAUCAGUUUCUGCAGACAGAUUUGACCCGAAGGUUCAUCCCACGGACACUUUGGAAUUGUCCAACUCCAGGAACAUGAUGAACUCUUCAACUUUUUCUGCUAAUGGGUCUGAUAAGUUGAAUCAUCAUACUGAGAAAGACACGGGCAACAUGGACAACCAUUAUCAGUUUAAUGCAAAAAAACAGAAUGAAGAUUUUGCAGCUUUAGAACAGCAUAUUGAAGAUUUAACACAAGAGAAGUUCUCUUCGCAACGUGCUCUUGAGGCUUCACGAGCUCUGGCAGAGUCUCUAGCUGCUGAAAAUUCAGCCCUGACAGAGAGUUAUAACCAACAGGGCAGUUUUGUUACCCAAUUAAAGGGCGACAUAGAAAACUUGCAGGCGGAAAUUAAAGCACAACUGGUUGAACUUGAAGCUGUGAAAAUGGAAUAUGCAAACGUACAACUGGAAUGUAAUGCUGCAGAUGAACGUGCGAGGUUAUUGGCUUCUGAAGUGAUUGGAUUGGAAGAGAAGGCACUUCGUCUGAGAUCUAAUGAGCUUAAACUGGAGAGGGAAUUGGAGAAAUCACAAGCUGAAAUAUCUUCUUUCAGAAAGAAAAUGACUAGCCUUGAAAAGGACCGUCAGGAUCUGUUGUCAACAAUUGAUGCUCUAAAAGAAGAAAAGAAGCUCUUGCAGGUGAAACUACGAAAAGCUUCUGGUAAUAGCAAAUCACUUGAUGUUAGCAGGAGUAUUCCUAGUAAAAAAGAUGUAUCGACUUCAACAGAGGAUCUCCGUGAAGAUAAAGUCGUAAAUACUACCAUGGACGACCCUAACUUAGAAGCUCCCAGUACUGAGGGCCCGACCUUUUCAUAUCUGCCUGAGAAUGACCAGCUCAGUCUUGAAAGUUUAUCAACGGCCAUUCCUCCAUAUCAGAUAAGGAUGAUCCAAAACAUCAAUACUUUGGUUUCUGAGUUAGCCUUGGAGAAAGAAGAGUUGAUGAAAGCCUUGUCACUGGAAUCAUCUCAGUGCUCAAAAUUGCAGGAGUUAAAUAAGGACUUGACCCAAAAGCUUGAAGCUCAAACACAAAGAUUAGAGCUUUUGACUUCUCAAAGCAUGGCAACUGGUAACAACCAAACAAGGGAACCAGAUGCUCUAUCCAUGCACGACAGCACCACGUAUGCUGAUGAAGGUGAUGAGGUGGUGGAACGAGUCUUGGGAUGGAUCAUAAAGCUAUUUCCUGGAGGACCAUCAAGGCGGAGAACCAGCAAGCUUAUUUAGUUUCCAUGAUGGAGUUAGACAAGUGUUAUCCAUCAAAAGUUCAUCUUUUCUCCUCUACGCCUUGUAUUUUUUGUGGCCUGAUGGAGAUGGUUUAUGUGUACUAUUAAUGGUUCAUAGUCCCAUUUUUUCCCAGAAGAAGCAAAUUGCUUCUAGGAGGCAUUUUAGAAGAUGUGAUAUUUGAUAAUUUCACAGAUUUGGCAACAGAUCAGAACCUUUGUCCAUUUUUUCCACCUACCGAACGCCCUACAGAGACUGGAGAUGAGAAAUGCUACAGAAAAAGUUAGGGGAUGAUGAAAAACUACUAUGAAGAGACUCAAGAUAAGUUUGUUAAUACUUAUAUUUAGGAGAUGGUUUUACUUGUGAAUUAAUAGGGAACAGGGAGGAAAAGGAUCAAAAUGAUCUUUCUUUUUUUAAAAACUUUUGGUGUUGUCUUAGUACUGAUGUAUUUGUUUUUGGGUCUAAAGCCGAAUAUAUCAAAAGAAUGAUCUCGUUAAUUCUUUCAA